ACCCCUACCACCUCACUUGUGAACACUACUGUUGUUGAUUUGCAGAAGUUGUUAAUUUUUCUGGUGUAUUUGCUUCUGUGGAAAUUUUGUUUUAAGUUUACCAGUUUAUGGCUGCUUUGGAGUUUUGAUUCUUGUUUUCAAACGAAGGAACAACAGGCUGCAAUGGAAGUGGAAUCGAAUGAAGGAUUUGACGAUGAUACGUCAAAGAACAACAUAAAUGAUCUUCCUGACGAAGUUUUGGAAUACAUCUUCAGUCUCGUGUCGCCUUACAAAGACGUGAAAGAAUGCAUGCUUGUGUGCAAGCGAUGGCUUUCCAACGUGAAAAAUGUUAUUCGGGUCAUGACCCUGAAACUAACCCAUGCAAUCACCACCAUGGAUGUUGCUUGGCAGGCCAUUACACCUGUAGAGAUGGAACCAACUAUUACCAAAAGAUUUUCGCAUUCAGCUUGUUACCAUGAUAACUCUAUGUAUGUGUUUGGUGGUUGCACAUCAACCAGCACAACUUUUAAUGAUUUGUGGCGCCUGGAUUUAAAUAAGCGUAAAUGGGUGCGGCCUUUGGCCACAGGCACAUAUCCUAAUCCAAAAGCGUGUUCUUCCAUGGUCCAGUCCAACAAUGCCCUCAUUGUUUUUGGAGGGUGGACCCUUCCAUCUCCAUACCCUGUUUACCAGGCUUGUAGGCUUUUUAGUGAGCUUCACAUCUAUAGUAUCACGGAAAACCGAUGGACAUGUAUCAACACUGCAUUCUCUCCACCUGGCAUGGCAGGUCAUUCAGCAACUGUCCAUGGAGACACAAUGGUAGUGUUUGGAGGUCUCAAAUCUGAAAAUAAUGGCCAAUAUGCAAGUUCAAAUGAUGUAUGGUGUUUUAAUCUGCGGACCCAAGAGUGGACUAAACCGGCAACUUCAACUACAAAGCCAAAUGCACGAUAUGGUCAGUCACAAAUUUGGCUGAAGAAAGACGCUAUUCUAAUCAUAGGUGGUUGUGGUGGUCCUAACAUGAUAUACAAUGAUGUCUGGCUGCUGUCCUUGAAGGGUAGUGUAUGGGAAUGGCGUGAAGUUGAGGUGCAGAACCGUGAGUGGGCAGCUACAUACAUGUGGUGUCAUCGAGCGUGCAGGGUUGGGAACCAAGUGGUAAUGAUGAGCCGUGAUCCUAGGCCUCUCAAGAAAAAGCCAAACAACGGAGCGAAAAGUAAACCUAGGCCCAGAACCUCAUCUGUCUGGUUUCCUCCUCGAUAUGAGGAGCCUGUGCCUAACGUUCCUCGACGAAUAUCGUCGGCCGUUAGUGUUGAUAGAGACUUGAAUGUGAAUGGCCAGAGGGGAUCAUUUUCCCGCCCAACAAGAAGCCCAAGGCAAGACCCUGCCCACCGUCCGGAGUCAGAUUUGAAACCUGGUCCCAGCGGCCUCAACAAAAGAACAAGGAGCGCCUUAUCUCAGGAAGACCAACUCAUGGAUUGUGAACCUGGCCCCAGUGGAGAACGAAGUCAUUCUGUUCAACGGACGGAUUGCCAACCAGGUCCAAGCAAUCACUCAAGAGCUAGCCAACCAAUUGAUUGUCAACCUGGUCCUAGUGGAGUUGGCAAACAAGCAUCACCAUCAAAAAAUGAAUCGCAAGACAACUCAUCUCCUUCCAGCUCUAACACUCACAAUUGGGAUCGCUUAAGACCAAUCAAUCGAUCGUCUAGUGCAGAGAACAGAGUGGGUAAUCUUCAGUUAGCUGCUUUCCAAGACCAGGAACCUUCAGCAUCUACGUGUCCAAAUAGAGCUCGAGAACGACAACUCCAGGCAUUACAAAGAUUCGAAGAGCGAAUGAGGUAUAACAACCAGCCUGCUGCACAGGAGCCUGCCGAGGAUGAGGCUCCAGUUGGAAAGCCUCAGAGAACCAUGGUUAUGUGUGUCUUAGAUAUCACCAACCUUUUAGAAGAAGAGUGCUCAGUGCGGUGGCUUCCAUUUGGGCCAGAGGGAUCCAGUACAGGCCCUGAGGAGACUAUUCUGUACUCUCUCGUUCCAGGAAGAGGAGAAAUAAUAAUGUUUGGAGGAAUUCAUAGAGAGGCCACAACACUACUGACUAACUCCCAGAUGAAUACUGCCAGCAAUCUUUCUAAUUCAUUACAUUUCAUUUCUGCACCUCAUGGUGUCAUUUAAACCUGACUGAGUUUUACCAUUUUGUAUUUAAAUCACUACCAUUAGAAUUAACAUAUUUAUAUGUUGCAAGUGAUGUUUUUAUUGACCUAUGCGCCAUGUACAUAGUCAGCUGUGUUAUUUUUACUUCUUUUUUUUUUGGUCCGUCAGAUUGAUUGAACUUUGCAUCUCCCUGUAUUGUAAAUACUAGGAGAGCUACUUUAGUAAAAUCUGAAGAACCAAGCUGAAUUGAUCAGAUGUUCUCCGUACUUUGUUCCUAUAUUUGCCCUUGUUCAGUUUCCUUUGUUCUUUUAUUUGUUGGUUUAUUCUGAUCUGAAUAGUUGAUUUAAAUGAACUAACAUGUGUAUGUAUGGAACAUUUUGAUUGCUAUACUGUUAUUUAAGGAUCAUAAUUCAUGAUAAACUGUUAAAAGAAAUAUUUUUAAUAACAGUUUGCGUUGAUUCA